GGAAGCUGCGGAAGUGGAUGAGGCGAGAGCUGCUGCGGCUGCCGGGGGCGGCGCGGAGCUGUCGGAGCUGCUCGGCCUCCUGCGCGCCCCUUGCGCGGCCCUCAUGCGGCGCCCUCAUUGACACCUCAAGUCCGCCCCCUCUCCGUCCUCCUGGGGACCGCGGGGUCGCCCGGCCCUCCGCGCCUGCCACCCUUGGCGGUUGAAGCCGUCGUCGUGCGGGCCCUGGGCGGCCACCCAUGGAGAAGGCCGGGCGGAGCGGCGACGGCGCCCCCCGGGGGCCCGUACUGCACAUCGUGGUGGUCGGCUUUCACCACAAGAAGGGCUGCCAGGGGCUGCGACACAGCCAGUGCAGUCGGACAACAGAGCAAGUGAAUGAAAAAGUCUCUUACACUGGAUUGGUUGGUGAAAUUGAAGGAGAUGGACAUGACAGCCACACUUUACCUGAAGAAUGGAAAUAUUUGCCCUUCCUUGCCUUACCAGAUGGGGCUCAUAACUACCAGGAAGAUACUGUAUUUUUUCACUUGCCACCCAGAAAUGGAAAUGGAACCACAGUAUAUGGUAUCUCUUGCUAUCGACAAAUUGAAGCUAAGACACUAAAAGUAAGGCAAGCAGAUGUCACCAGAGAAACUGUUCAGAAAAGCGUCUGUGUUCUAAGCAAGCUGCCUCUCUAUGGAUUACUUCAAGCAAAACUUCAGCUUAUUACACAUGCAUAUUUUGAAGAGAAGGAUUUUUCCCAAAUUUCUAUUCUAAAGGAACUUUAUGAACAUAUGAAUAGUUCCUUGGGAGGAACUUCAUUAGAAGGAUCCCAAGUAUACCUUGGUCUCUCUCCUCGAGAUCUUGUCCUUCAUUUUCGUCACAAGGUCUUAAUCCUAUUUAAACUGAUUCUUCUUGAGAAAAAGGUUCUAUUUUAUAUUUCUCCAGUGAAUAAAUUAGUGGGUGCACUGAUGACUGUGUUAUCCCUUUUUCCAGGCAUGAUUGAACAUGGUCUCAGUGACUGUUCUCAGUACAGACCCCGAAAGAGUAUGUCUGAAGAUGUUGGGCUUCAGGAAAGUAACCCUCCUGCAGAUGAUUUUGCUUCUUUGUCUGCUCCUGACGUUUCGAAUACCAACGUGGGAACUGUCAAGAAAACUAUGACAGGAAACCGUGGAGGAGAUGCUGUCCUCAAGACUGAAAAAUCUCUGUUCCAAAUAGAAAAUGACAGCAGCAAAGGACAGGAACCCAAUGAUAUCAAUCACUAUUUAAAACCUCCUUCCCACCCCUCUCCGGAGUCUUCAGAAAGUGACUGGGAGACUUUGGAUCCUAGUGUCUUAGAGGACCCCAACUCGAAAGAAAGAGGACAAGUGGGGUCAGAACAGACAAACUUAUUUGCAAAGGACUCUAUGCCCUCAGACAGUCCUCCAAUUACUGUACAACCUCAAGCUAACACAGGCCAGGUGGUCCUGAUACCAGGGCUAAUUUCAGGUUUGGAAGAGGACCAGUAUGGCAUGCCCCUGGCUAUCUUCACAAAGGGAUAUCUCUGUUUGCCUUACAUGGCAUUGCAGCAGCAUCACCUUCUUUCUGAUGUCACCAUUCGGGGAUUUGUUGCUGGAGCUACUAACAUCCUUUUUCGACAACAAAAACACCUCAGUGAUGCCAUAGUGGAAGUAGAAGAGGCUCUGAUCCAGAUCCAUGAUCCAGAACUCAGGAAGCUGCUUAACCCAACCACUGCAGAUCUAAGGUUUGCAGACUACCUAGUGAGACACGUGACUGAGAACCGGGACGACGUCUUUCUGGAUGGCACGGGCUGGGAGGGAGGUGACGAAUGGAUACGGGCCCAGUUUGCAGUCUACAUCCAUGCACUGCUGGCUGCCACAUUACAGUUGGAUAAUGAAAAGAUAUUAUCGGACUAUGGGACAACCUUUGUUACAGCAUGGAAGAAUACACACAACUACAGGGUGUGGAACAGCAACAAGCAUCCGGCACUUGCAGAAAUAAAUCCUAGUCAUCCAUUUCAAGGCCAAUAUUCAGUGUCAGACAUGAAGUUAAGAUUUUCACAUUCUGUACAGAAUAGUGAACGUGGCAAAAAAAUUGGAAACGUCAUGGUCACAACCAGCCGCAAUGUUGUACAAACGGGAAAAGCUGUUGGCCAGUCAGUUGGAGGAGCUUUUUCCACUGCAAAGACAGCCAUGUCUUCCUGGCUUUCUACUUUCACCAGUUCCACCCCGCAAAGUCUAACUGAGUUACCAGAUGGAAAGCCCUGAGCAAGGCGACCAAAGGCUAUUGUUGCUUUCUUAGGUUUAAGUGUUCCUUGUCCGUUUGCUGCUCCCAAACUGUUCCUCUUCAUCGGCCACAGGUCCACAACAGGGGACUGAUACGUCAAACUGUUUACAUGAAAGAUUACACUCUGUCUAAAUGAAUGUCAAGGGUACUGAAAAGAUGAAAUCACGACCAUUGCAGGGAUGGCUUUCCAGGUUGGGGUUUAAAUCAACUGCUUAUAUUUCAGUCUGAGCCUGAUUAAAACACAUAAGGAAAUGAACUUUCUAAUGAAUUUUAAUUCUGAUUUUGUACAUUUGUCUACUUUAGAAAAGUUAUUUCUGUAAAUUUUGUUCUCUUUUGCUGUUUGAAUAUCCAGAUGGUCACUGUAAUUUAUAUGUGCUAGAAUUAAGUUAUAUUACUCACGAUUUCUCUAAAGUUGGCCCUAAGAUGUGCUUAUACCAGUUAAGGGAGCAUUCAGUCCAGUCCUUUAUUAUUUGGCUGAGCUGUAUGAUGAUUAUUUGUUUUCUUUCCACAAAACACAUUUAUCAAUUAAUUUCCUCCCGGAAACAUGGAAGUCAGAGAGUCCUAAGGAUGGUGUGUUUUGUUUUAUGUUUUUAACCAAAUCCUUAAAAACUUGUUAUGAAUCAUCAAGGAGUGUCACUGUUCUUGCUUCCUCUUCCCAAUUGUGCAAGUAGAUGUGCAGAGAAAUAGCAUAGUGAUGGUUAUACUGGUGUUUGAACAGUUUAACAUGAAUGUCUAUAUAGGGCAGUAUAUAUGUUUGUUUUAUCAACUCUAGUCAUGUUGGAAUCUUUUUCAAGUAUUUUUUAAUCCAAAGUUUGUGCCUUCUAAUUUCUUCUUUUGAAACAGUUUUCCAUUAGGUGUUUACAGACCUAUAGGUUUUCUGUUAUUCUUCCUAAAGAUUUCCAAGGAGCUUGGCCUUCCUACUUCCCUGACUGAAAAUCCUCUAUAAUCAAUAUCUACCCCCUUCUGAAAGUAUUUUACAAAAGAUAUAAAAUAGAAGUCCCCAUCUUAGCUCAGAUUAAGAAAAGCAAGAGGUGAGAGAAGAAAACUGCAGCCAUCACAUCUGUCAUCUGUUUCACAGAGGACAUCUUCUUUCAUCUUAGACACAUGCAUGUGUGUGCUAACUACUGAUGAUUUUUACACAAGUGAACCUCAUUUGCUUGCCAUACCCGCUCCCAUUUGCUUUUUAAGGGGAUUUUGAAUGGGUGUUCUCAGGGAAUACUGGGGUUGGGGACAGACUGCCUGUUCAGUAACAAAGCAUACUUGGAAAAUGCAUUGCAAGUAUAAUCUAUAUAUGAUAUAAAGAGUAUUAUGAAAAUAAGGGACCUAUUUAAGAAAGACAGAAAUUAUAUGUAAUUUGGCCCUUAUGAAAUAUUUCCAUAAGAAGCAAAUCCUCAUAGGGUGUGUGAAAUGGACAUAAUCUAAAUAUCCCUAAAUUUUCCAAUUUGUUUUGUAACACAAGUCCAGCAAGUCUAAAAGCGUACUUUCAUUUGUGCAUAAAAACUCAAGAAUUCAGUGAUGAUAAAGGGCUUAACAUGAGAGCUCCAUUAACUCCACUUCUACUAGAAAAGUUAACCUUCUCAGGAAAUAUUAUUUGAAGAGAAGUAAUGCCAAACAAAACCGUGAAAGGUACUUUAAUUGGUGUUGCGCUGAAACUAUAAAGAAUUCAUUGUAACAUGUUUCAUAAGGCCAGGACAUUAGUUGAAGUGUGAUAUUAUAUUAGUGUGCAAUUGUUGCUUUCAGUGGGCAGAAGUUUACAGUGCUAAGAGCACUGUGAGGGGUCAGCCAGCAAGCUACUGGUUUGUCGUUUGGUUUGUAUGGUUUGUAUAAUUGGGGUAAAACUCCAUUUUGCACUAUUCAAAAGCAGUCCAACCCAUACUUUGGAAUCCCACUAAGAUAAAAAUCUUUACAGGAAAUUUAACUUUGCUUUAGUGCCCCAUUUGAAUAUGUACCUUAAUUGAGUUUUCUGUUAAUGUUUCUAGUUUAGAGUUCACCUCUUUAAGUGGUCGUUUAACUGGCUUCCUACAUAAAAUGACUAUGUCAGAAAUAGAAUUUUCAUCAUAGGAAUGGUCAAAAGACAUAUCUAUAUUUCCUUCAGGUUCUGGGAGGUGUUGUAGUUUUCAGAGUGUGUGUGUUAUUUUAUUGUUGGCGGGAGCACCAGGGCAGCCAGCAUGAUUGAAGGCAGGAAGCCUGGCCCCUUGUCUUACAAACCUACAUACUUCAAGCUUGGAUUCCAGGCACUGGCUUUGUGAGCAAUAAGAGCUGCCAACGGUCCGUCUUCUGACCAUAUCAGUGGUAGAGGUGUGUAUUCUGGUGGCCAUGCUUGCUCCAGUGCUUCCUAAAGCAUUGGGUCUAAGGACUAAGUAUUUGUAGAUAGGCCUGAGGACGUUGGGUCAGCCAGCCUCUCAGGGUGUGCCAGGCACACAGACUGUGUCUGAGGCUUGAUGGUGGUCUCAUUGCUAUCCAGGUGACUUAAAAGUAGUGUUUGGAAAAAGUCCCUGGUAUACUUGAAUUCCUACCAGGCACUAUAAUGACAAUGACACAGGGAAAGAAGAGAGAGUGAAGCUAUCAGGUGUUGUGGGCUAGGUGAAUAGAAAAAGUUGUGUGACUCAUUAAGGCUUGGAGUUAUUUUGCAGGUGUAUUUGGCUCACAUAACCAGUAUGAAUAAUCUGUCCCCAUAUCCAUUAGUGAUUUCACUAGCCCCAAAGCUCUAAAAUAAUUCUCAUCUCCUUUUUGCUUUAAGAAACAAAGUAGCAAUAUACUUUGGCAGCAAACCAGAGUAUAUAGCAUGACUUCCUCAACCUUAUCUUGCUUUCCAAUUUCUUUAUCAAACAUUCAAUUUGUUUAGAAUAAUUGACUUCGGAAAGUCAAGAUGAAAACAAAUUAGGAAGGAAGAGGAGAAAUGAGAAGUUGUUUCGAGACUGAGGAACAAGGUACUUAAACUCUGAAGGAAAAUAUUUUGAGAGCAGUAUUUAAUAUGCUAAAGGUUAUAAGAAUUCUUUUAGAAAGAAAUUAGAAUUUUAAUAUGCUAGUUACAUGUUUUUAAAUGAAGCUACAUUGUCUCUCUGGCAGGCAGGUUUUGUUUUUUUAUAUUUUGUGGAGAAAAAUUGGGUAUCAGGUAUAGCCAGUGGUAUGUUUCCCUCCAGUGCUGGUGAUGUGGUUGGGAGCCCUCUGCUCUGUAAAGGGCUGAUGGAUAUACUCACCCUUAGCUGCAUGAACUUACCUGCUUGAGCAGUUUUGGAAAGUAGCCCAUUAGGACGGUAGCUGCUGAAUAUUGCCUGCUGUUUUAUUGGGGAGUUAGUUGGGACUAUGAAAUGGUCAACAUCUGCAUGCUCUGGAUCCUUUCAUGCUUUUUCCACCCAGAUCCUUGGUAGCUUUUAAACGUGAUAGAGAUCACAGCCUUGAUUUCUAGGGGGUGAUUGUCAUUCCACAUAGCAUAAUAUGCCACUAGGAGUUUUCUCAUUCUAAGUCUUUGGCCUUCAUAGCAUUGGAACUGUUCCUUCAUAGUUCCAACAUUCCAUAAAUAUUUGUCAAGGACAAAGAAAAGGAAUGAGGAUCUUUAUUCUUUUCAUAUAAAUAACUUUCUACACAUGACUUCCUGCUUUCAUUGUGAAGAAGAAAUUAGCUCCCUUGUAUGGUAACUCCAGAAUUAAAGAUUGUGUGCAUAUAAGGGAUCGGAUAUAUUUUGUAAAACUCUAAUGCAUUUUUAUUUCUGUGUUGUUCUAAUGUUUACCUUUUUACUAAUAUUAAUUAAACAUAGAGAAACUAUAUAUUUAAGUCAUGUAAAUGGGACACAAUUUAGGGUUUUUUUCCAAUCUUAUUUUUCUUCAGCUUCUUACACACACUGUAUGCUGCUCAAAUUUUUUUUUGUGUGCAAUAGAAGCAUUUGAACAUUUCAGUCAGGUACUGAGCCAGAAAGGGUAAUUGAAGUUUUCAGAAAGCUUCUGUGCUUAGAAAAUAUUUUGUUGUUUCCUUAAAAUAUUAAUAAUUUAUAGCCGGAAAAAUAGGAUCAAGACUUGUGUUUCAGGCUCCUUGGUCAUUGGUUGCUGAAUUUAGGAAGCAUCUGAUUAAAGAGUUGCUGAAGGCACUUAGUGGUUAUAAAAAUAGUUUAAAUAUUUGAGAUUACAAGCUUUCCACAAACCCUUUCUAACGAAGUUUAGCUUAGAAAACUUAGAAUGUUUUCUAAGGAAGUUUGUCUGUGGCACGUUUUGAUCAGAAAGUUAGUUCCUCUUUGCUUUAGUAGUUUUAUAAUUUGUGCUAGUUUUGUUGUCAUUUUUUUAAAAUGUUAAAUAAUAAAUCACGUCUAAUCAUACUGAAUUGUAAAACUUUACUGUAUCUUUAUUUUAUGGAAAAAUGAGAAUAAAAUUAUCCUGUUUGUCAUGCAUACUGUUGUACGUGACUUGUUUUUCUAGACGUGCCUUGCAUGUUGACAUUGUGGUUU